CACGAAAAGAGCUCUUUUCUAGACAGGAGCUGCCAUGGAAGACCCUCCCGCCCAGCAACGUUGUGAAUUCGCAGUAAGCAGUGCAAUGGCGGCCGCCGAACAGGGACUGAAGGAAAGAGAGAACCCGCGUUUGGCUGACGAAGGAGAGGAGGAAAUGGAGUCAGAAGAAGAAGAAGAACAGCGGCAGCAAGGAGACGGCUCUUCGGAAGAGUCUUCCUCUGGUGAGGAGGACGAUAAGGAGUGUGAGGUGGAGAUCCAGCGGCUGGAGGAGCAGCUGUCAAUCAAUGCCUUUGAUUACAACUGCCAUGUUGACCUCAUCAAACUGUUACGGCAGGAGGGGGAAUUGGAAAGGCUGCGACAUGCCCGUCAAAAGAUGAGUGAACUUUUCCCAUUAACUGAAGAGAUCUGGCUGGACUGGUUGAAGGAUGAGAUCAAGAUUGCAGAAUCCGAAGCUUUAGGGCGAGAGACUGUAUAUGAAUUGUUUGAAAAAGCUGUUAAAGAUUAUAUUUGUCCUGAAAUUUGGCUUGAAUAUGCUCAGUACUCCAUUGGUGGAAUGGGUGAUGAAGGAGGCAUUGCCAAAGUGCGCUCAAUCUUUGAGAGGGCUUUGACAGCUGUUGGACUUCAUAUGACCAAAGGAUCCGCAAUAUGGGAUGCUUUCAGAGAAUUUGAGAAUGCAAUUCUGGGCACCAUCCAGCCAAUGCCGGGUGCCGUCCCUUCAUCAGAACAGCAGAAAAUGCUAACUGAGCAACUUGAAAGAAUCCACACAUUGUUUAAACGGCAGUUGGGUGUGCCACUCCUAGAGAUGGAAUCAACAUAUGGAGAGUAUGUGGACUGGUCAGAGGAACCCAUUGCUGAUUCUGUUGUACACAAUUACAAGAAGGCCUUACAACAAGUAGAGAAGUAUAAGCCAUAUGAAGAGGCAUUGCUGGCUGCUGAAACUCCGAAGUUAGCAGAAUACCAAGCUUACAUUGACUUUGAAAUGAAGGAAGGCGAUCCAGCUCGCAUCCAGCUUAUUUUCGAACGUGCCUUGGCUGAGAAUUGUUUGGUCCCAGAUCUUUGGGCAAAAUACACUCAGUACCUUGACAGACAGCUUAAAGUGAAGGAACUGGUUCUUUCUGCUCAUGACCGGGCUUCCCGAAAUUGUCCAUGGACAUUUGGCCUUUGGAAGAGUUGUAUUCUCGCCAUGGAGCGACAUUGUGUAGAUCACAACACUAUAGCUGAAACGUUUGAAAAGGCUCUUAAUGCUGGAUUCAUCCAAGCCGCAGAUUAUGUGGAGAUUUGGCAGUCAUACCUGGACUAUCUCCGAAGAAGAGUAGACUUCACAAAAGAUUCCAGUAAAGAGCUAGAAGAGCUUAGAGCUGCAUUUGCUCGCGCACUUGACUACCUUAAACAAGAAGUUGAAGAAAGAUUUGGGGAAAGUGGAGAUCCAACUUGCAGUAUAAUGCAAAUCUGGGCCAGGGUAGAGGCUGGACACUGCAAGAACAUGCAAAAAGCCAGAGAGCUGUGGGAUAACAUCAUGACCAAAGGCAAUUCUAAAUUUGCCAAUAUGUGGCUGGAGUACUACAACCUGGAGAGAGCUCAUGGAGAUAUUCAGCACUGCAGGAAAGCCUUGCAUAGGGCUGUCAUGUGCACUUCAGAUUACCCUGAGCACGUGUGUGAGGUUCUUCUCACUCUGGAGAGAAUAGAAGGGACAUUGGAGCACUGGGAUACAGCUGUUCAGAAAACUGAAAGUAGACUUUCACGAGUCAGUGGGCAGCGUGCAAAGGCUGCUGAGAAGGAAGCAAAUCUAGCUAGGCAAGAAGAGGAAAAAGUAGAACAAAGGAAACGGGCUAGAGCAGAGAAGAAGGCUGCAAAGAAGGUGAAAAAGGCAAAACCAGGAGACAAACGCAAAGCAGAGGAGGAAGAAGAAGAGGAUGAAGAAUGGGGUGAGGAGGCAGCAGAACAGCCAAGCAAGAGACACAAAGGAGAUGACAAGCUGGAAGACGAUGAGAACGAGGAGAUGGAGACCGAAGUUGGACUGUUUGGCCGGAGGGCCACCUCUAUGGACAGACCCAAACCCCCUACCACAAAGGAGCAGCCAAAGGUUCUGCACAAUACUAACAAAGACAAUAUAACUGUGUUUGUCAGCAAUCUGUCCUUUAAUAUGCCUGAUCCAGAAAAGAAGCUUAGGAAAGUCUUCUCUGCUUGUGGGGAGAUCACUGAUGUCAGAGUUGUCUAUAACAUCAAGGGCACCUUCCGUGGAUAUUGCUACGUUGAGUUUACAAAUGAGAAAAAUGCCCUAGAUGCACUGAAACUAGAUCGGCAGGAGAUCAAUGGGAGGCCAAUGUUUGUUUCCCCAUGUGUGGACAAGAACAAGCAGCCAGACUUUAAGGUGUUUAGGUAUAGUACCUCUCUGGAGAAACACAAGUUAUUUGUCUCUGGGUUGCCAUUUGCAUGCACUAAGGAAGAAGUGGAAGAAAUCUUCAAAGAACAUGGCACCAUCAAAGAGCUCCGUCUAGUAACCAAUCGCUCAGGGAAGCCAAAGGGACUUGCAUAUGUGGAGUAUGAAAAUGAGGCACAGGCUUCACAAGCUGUGAUUAAACUUGAUGGCACCAGGAUUAAGGAGCACACAAUUAGCGUGGCAAUUAGCAAUCCUCCUAUGAGAAAACAGACUGAAGCCCUAGAAACUGCACAGUUUAAUAGGCCCAUGAUGCCACAACAAACAUAUGGAGCAAGAGGAAGAGGAAGAACCCAAGUGGCCCUUUUACCCCGUUCUUUACACCGUCAGAAUGCUCCAGCAGCCACAAAAACAGAAAAUGGCACCCCUCAAGCACAGUCGGCAUCAUCAUCUGGAGGCGAAGGGGAGCCACGGAAAUUGUCAAAUGCAGACUUUGUCCGAUUGUUGCUUCAGAAGUAACUAGGAAGCAAGAGACCAAUUUGCAUCAUAGGGAAAAUGUGAAAGAACCAGUGCCCUGUGCGCCCAUAACUGUCACUACAGUUACUUGUGGCAUUACAGACACUCAGAAUUGGCAAAUUGUGUCCAUCUGGGCUCUAUAGUGAGGAGCGAUUUACUUUUUGUUUUACAGGUUUUUGAUUUUUUUUUCUAGUUCCAAUUUGACUUUCCUUUUUAUGUUUUAGUAGCACAGACUGUAGGCUUCCUCGUUUUCCUCAUAUUGAGGCAAGCAAGGCAAUGUAGAGGCAGCUAAAGUGGUCUGUUUUGGAUAUGUUUUUACACCUGUUAUUGCAGAACGUUUUUUUGCUCUCGUAUUGUUGCGAUGGUCAGAGCGGAGCAAGCCCCCCAAAUGGGUAUUUUUAUAUGUAUU